AUUAGAACUAAAUCGAUACCCGAAUGAUCGAACUGUAAACCAAACUUUGAUGGACUCGCUGCUGUAAAUUGUCUCUAAACUUUAACAUGGAGUAAAAGGAUGGAUAUGAAUGCAGGUGAUUCUCUGAACAGCGUGGAGCUGCUGAAGAACACAUUACACUGUGAUGACAAGGAGAAGCUUCGUAGAAAGUUGGCACAGUUACAGAAAGAAUACCUCAAGACAGCCCAGAGACUACAGCGUGCUGAGCGUUUAGAAGCUGUGCAGAAACACAUUAAACGUAAACUUCAAGAUCAGAAAGAACCAGAGGUUACCUGCAGCUCUUCACUGACGACAAACCAAAACAACUCCACAGUCCAAGAUUUUGACACUUUAAGGAGGAAUCAGGUGCUUGGGUUUACACUCCCCUCUGAUGCUGCUGGUCCACAGACCCCAGAUCUCAGAGAUGAUGCUGCUAGGGGUCGCAGACCCAGUCCCACCCUCCGUCUCCGAUCACGCCGCAGUCGCCUUCGACUGGAAAGGAGGAGCACCGCUGAGGGUGGCGCGAGCAACGACAGCAGCCAACAGGGACAGGGGUCAGGUGAAGGGAUGGGAAGUGUAAAACCAGGAGAAGAACAAGGGAUGGUUGAGUCAAAAGCAGAUGCAGUCAAUGAAAGUGAAGAGUUGUUUUCUAAUACAAAAUCUGAGUCCCCCUCGCUGCUGCUCCCUCACUGGAAUGCACAAGGACACUCUGAAACUGGAAACAUAUUUGGGAAGGAGCAUCAAAGGGGUCAUCAAGAAGGAAAAGAAACCGACUUGGAUAUUGCUAAACCUUUUUUGAUCAGUGAAGGAAGAGAACUACUUGUCACCCAAGCCGGGGAUGCAGAGAUAAAGACUGGAGACGACAGAUCCAGUUGUAAUGAGUUAGGGAAAUGUUUCGUUGAGGAGAACAGAUCUGAAAGCUGUGAAAUAAAUGAAGGUGGGGUCAUCAAAAGUGAAACAAAUCCUAAAAGUUCACUGGAAACAAAAGAAGAGAGGAAUGGGAUGAGACGAGAGGAGAAAACGGACAGCCUCCUUGACUCCUGCACGUUAGUGGAGGGACUACUUUUUCCGGCGGAAUACUACAUUCGAACCACAAGGCGUAUGACGGUUUCCCAGAGCCAGCCUGAUGUGCAGCUCAUCCUACUUUCUCAGCUGAACAACGGACGGCAGCGCAGGAGUCGAGGACGUGGCAGAGGAAGGAACAGACACUCACACUCUGGAGAAAGUUCAGAUCAACACACUCGGACUGAUUUCUUCUCUCCUGAAACUUUGUCCUCAUUCAUAGACCCUCUUGGCUCGCCUCAUGCAUCUGCAGAGUGUGGUCAGAGUUCCAGUGGUGUUUCAGAUUCUAUUACAGCUUCCCAGGUGGACUCAGAAUCUUCUUUUUUACCAACAGUCACCACAGUUCGUCCAUUACGAGGAAGGAGAAGGGGGAGAGGCAGGGGGAGAGGGAGACCUCGGACCCCACGUUCCCAUCAGCAUAUUAGGGAACAGACAUCAGCAGAUCCUCAACCCUCAGAUAUUCAAGUAGCUUCGUCUCAGUCAAACGGCGGGGUGAACACCUGCUUCAGCUCAGUGGAAGCUGAUCCCAAGCCAGCUGGAAGCACGUUUUUAUCUAACAGUCAUGGAGCUCCAACCAGCUGUUCAGCUCAUCAUCUGGAGAAGGUCCUUCCUAUCUUUGUGAAGAGCAGCAGCAGUACCAGCAGACCCCCACAGAUGAACAAAGGUACACCAAGCUGGGAGUCCCUCUUCCUGCCCUCCUCUUCCUCACCAGCUCAGACAUCUCUGCUUUCUCCUCUCUCCCCGUUUCCAGUCUCACUGGUCAGUGCCCUGAAAAGUUUAGACAUCCACCAGGAUUUCCAUCUCCCAGAUGAUCAGUUUGCCUCCCUGAAGCUGCACAAGCUCCGCCGGAUUGCCGUGGAGUCGGGAGUCGAACAUUUUUCAACACCGUUGCGCAACACUCGCAGCAGCAUCCGUCGCUCCCACCCGGAGUGCAGCAUGAGUGACCCGUCGGUAAUGCUUCCUCUCCCUCUGAGCCUCACGCCGACUGUACUAAGCUCACCCCGUCCUGAUGACGCACAGCUGCUGCACAUUCGGGAUUUGUCAGUAGAACAGGUCCUUACAAAUGAAUCGAUCAGCAAGAGCUCGGUUCAUGAGCUGUUGGGAAAAAAUGUUGCAGAAACAGAUGAGGAGCAGCAGCUUUGUGCAGAAACUCUCGACAAAUCGACAAAAUCUGUUUUAGCUGUUGGAGAGGAAACCGAAGGCGACGCUAAAGAGGAUCGACCUUCAGAAGAUCACACGUGUGGACGUGACCAAUCAGAACACCGAGAUGUUGCUGACUCUGUUUACAGUGAUUACUGUCCAAAGGAAACUCAAGAGAAGCCUUCAAACAUCCGCUUUCCUUUGGAGUCACAUAAGGAGACAAAAGCUCCACAGGAGUCACCCGCUUCAGAAAAGUACCUUUUCAUCACCCCUCACCUGCCCUCACCCACUCCAGCAUCCAGCCCUGCACUCCCCUCGUUAGGGAUAACUCCUCGUCUUGCUGCAGGUGGCCCUCCUCUCAGCCUGCCCCCUCCUUGCAGCCCAUCCACAACGGCUCUCUCUCUUCCAGCUCUGUCCCCCUUUCCGUCUAUCACCUCCCUCUCCCCUAGCCUGCCUCCUCUCUCCCCUUGUAGACAAAUCCAGGAUUUAUCUGCGCCGCCUGCUGGGAGCGAUCAGGUUAUUGAACCUGCCGCCCAUCCGACUCCGUCCAGCAUUCAGCGGCAUGAAUCAGAUGAGCAGGAGACAAAUAGAUCUGCAGAGGAGCAUGGGAUGAGAUGCAUGCACACGCUGAAGGCUGCAGCAGGAGGCUCUCUGGUGGAUGUGUGCUGUUUUCCUGGAUCAUCAGAUGGAUUGUUUGUGGCAGCAGCUGGAGCGUGGGCCGUGUGUCUCUGGAGCUGGACUCCAGUUUCUGAUUGGAGCCUAAAACACACCUGGACCUUCAGCAAGCCUGUGAUCAGCGUGUUUACCGUCCAAGAUGCAGCCGAGCUCGUGUGUGUGACACUCGGUCAGCUGGAAAUCAGAGAAGUGAGACUGCUGCUGUGCUCCAGCCUCACUCAGAUGCUGAUCUGUGAUGGAGUCAUGCAGGUGGUUGUAGGUGUGUACAAGUCCAGAGUGGUUACCUCCUCACACGCUGCCACUGGCUCCACCCUGCAGGUGUUUACGCCGUCGGAUAGUGUCAGCUCGUGGAGUUCUCAGCCUCUGGUGUCUCCUGGUGUUUGUGUCGGUGCUCUUGCUCCAGUGGACGGGCUUCCUGAUGCUCUGAUUGGCUCGGAUGAAGGUGGACACAUCUUCAUCUGGAAUUUAAAUAGUGGACAGCUGCUGUCCAGAGUCCUGCUCAGCCACGGCUUAUCUCAGGCGUCCUGCCUCAGAGGUUACGCCCACUGUGGGGUGUUGUUUGUGCUGCUGCAACAUCAGUUUCUAAGCUCUCUAAACGAUGAAAAAGAAGCAACGAUUGAAGAGCAGAGGUUUUUGACGGAGGACACAAGGACGGCCAUGUUUUCUUUGGUGGGCAUCAACCCUCUGAAUGGAAAGUCCAUCCUGGCUACUCGGCUGUGUCCACCCGAAGCCUGGUCGGGCAGGUUGUGUGAAGCUGACGUUUUCCACUCCAGUGUAGUGGGCCUGAGUCAGCGCGGGAGUGCUUGUGUCUGGGAGCUCGGAAAACGCGGAACAUCUCGAAUGCUAGAGGCUCCAGAAGGUGAAGACUGGCAGCUGGCUCGUUGGGGGGGUGGAGGAGACAUGCUGGUGAUGGGACAUCAUAACGGAGACGUUUCUGUGCAUCAGUGCUGGUGAGUCAGAAUUCACUGGAGCACGAGCAGAAGACUUUCUGAAGCCGUGGGAUCAUCGCAUCAUGCUGUUAUUUUGUGUUUAAUCUAAAUGUCACUUUAUCUCGUUUAUCAUCCGUUCGUCACGAUAACUUAGUUCAGUUUUUCCACACGGGAAGUCAUUUUUAUACCAAAAACCGAGCGAGUUCAUUUCGAUUAAGCUGUGUUUUCUUUUAUUGCACAUAUAUGACACUUGUUUUAGAAAACGACUCGUUUUGAUGCUACUGCCAUUUUAGAUGUGCUUUACUACGAUUGUAUGUUGUAUUUAAAAAAAGAGUAUUUGUAUUAAAAAUGUCUAUUAAACAUAACUUGCUUUUUGUUUCCUUUCAAACAAGUAUGAGUAAAUAAAUUGUGUUUUCUCUUAGAAAAGAUCUUAUGUAGGGAAUUACACGGUGGCGCCCUUUUAAGGCAGUUUGUUAACGAAACAGUGUAAAAGUUCAUUUUUUUCCUCUUAAAAUUUAAGUUUAGGUUAUCUGGGUAAUUAAAUCAACAUUUAUUUGCCGCAUUUUUGGGAUGAGUGUUUAAUUUGGGCUGAUUAGUGCCCUUCUGGUUCUGGAUAUAUCCACUGAGGUUGGACACCAAAGAUCAGAGAGGUGGGGCUCUCAACCACGUUCACAACCACAGAGUUUUGAUAGACAACAUGGAUGUUAGCAUGAAGGGACUGGGAGGUUUUCCUCCCCUUAUCCGGGGUGCGGUCAGCAGCCUAAGCAGAGACCCAGACUUCCAUCUUCCAGCCACUUGGGCCAGCUCCUCCAGAGGAGCUAAGCUAACCAAUGUGAGCACAUAUACAAAUGUCUACAAUUUAGUCAUUUUUGUCAAAUUUACAAGGCAGAAACACAUCCAGCACCAUCAUUUCAAACACGGGGGCCCCCCAGGGAUGUGUGCUGAGCCCCCUCCUCUUCACUCUGCUGACCCACGACUGUACACCAUUACACAGCUCUAACCUCUUCAUCAAGUUUGCGGAUGGCACAACAGUGGUGGGUCUUAUAAACCACGGAGAUGAGACCGACUACAGGAACGAGGUGAGCCGCCUUACCACAUGGUGUGCUGACAACAACCUCUCUCUAAAUGUGGAGAAGACCAAGGAGAUUGUUGUGGACUUCAGGAGAGCACACA